UAAAUAUUUAAUCUUUAUAUUAUUUGAUUUUGAUCAGACUAAUUGCGAUUUGAUUUCUGAUCAUUUUAGUCAACUUUUCGAAUUGUAAAUGAUAUGAUCUGAAAUUUUUGUUGCUGAUUGAAUUGGGUUUCGGUUAAAUAAUCUUGUUUCUGUUGUGUAAAGUCAAGUCUGCUUAAUUAGAUUGAAUCAGGCCAUUAAACCUUCUGAUGGGGUAUUGGUGUUUCAAGUGUUGAAAUUUAAUUUCUAAAUUUUUUUGUUUUUUUGUUUUAUUUCUUAGAAUCUUUGCUUUUGGUAAAAUUGUAUCUGCAAUUUUGGAUAUUGGUUGUUUCAGAUUUUUUUGUUUGAUCUUCUGGGAUUAAUUGGUUACUGUCUGUUGAUAUGAAUUUGUGCUUUUUAAGGCGUUGACCCUCAAAAGUUUCUGGUUUUGAUGGAAAUUUAAGCUUUGGAUUAUGUGGGGUUUGAUCCUGUUAAGAAAUAAGAUUUGGGGUCAUUAGCAUUGGUUUAAUCUGCAUUUGAUCGAUUCUUUCGCUGUCUGGUUUUCGAUGAGAAAGGGGGUUUUCUGUGAGAAAUGAGGUUGUGUUUCAUAGAGGAAUGUUUUGUCUAUGCAUGUCACUUACUUGCCUUUUCUGUUUUCGGGUUAAGAUGUUUCCUUUUCAGAACUAUUUUCGAUCAAUGUAAAUUUAGGGAUCAUUUUGUUAUGUUUAGAUUGUUCUGUGGUGCUCUCUCAGCUAACGGAAGUUGUAAUGCAGGCCUAGAUUCCGGUGUUAAGUUAGCUGUUUCGUUGAUUGUUCUGAAUCUCCCUUAUCUUCCUUGUCUGCUGCGAGAAACGUUACUGAAUUUCACCUUGGAUUACUGAUUCACAUUUGAAGGACUGGAGUGUUUCCUCUUCGAGCACAUGGCUGCCUCGGGGACUUCAUCUGCAUUGUCGCGGAAAGCCCCCCAGGAUUGGUCUAAAGCUUUGGUAUACGCUUUUUUUGAAUGGCUGCUAAUUUUUGUGCUGUUUGUUGACGCCAUAUUCUCAUACAUAAUUACGAAGUUUGCUUAUUACUGUGGAUUGCGAGCGCCUUGCCUGCUGUGUUCAAGAAUUGAUCAUGUUUUGGGCAAGGAAAAACGUGGUUAUUAUUGGGACCUGUUCUGCGGCAAUCAUAAGUCAGAGAUUUCUUCGUUAGUUCUUUGCCGCGCUCACAAUAAGCUUGUAGAUGUUCAUGGAAUGUGUGAGAGUUGCCUCUUCUCAUUUGCAACAAUUAAUAGAUCCAAUGCUGAGACAUACAGAUUACUGGUGGGUAAGUUGGGGGAUGAUCCUAAAUUUGAUUUCGAUCAGGAUCCAUUACUUGGGGGUCAUAAUCCUUGCUCUUCGAGCAGAACAUUUUGUUCUUGUUGCAAUCAGCCGUGGAUUUCUCAGGGGGAUUCUCAAAAGUUGAUUCAGAAAAAGAUUUUAGAAUCUGAGGCUGAACUUGAUGUGCCCGCCUCUCAUGUUAUUGAACGUAAUCAUAAAGAACUGAGGAAACAAGAUGAACCAUCUAUGUCAGUGAGAACCACUCAUAUUCGAGACAGCGGGCUACACCCUUUAUCUCAUGUUGGAUAUACCGAGCUCAAGGUUAAUUCUGAUACUGAAUCGGAAGUUCAUUAUUCUGACGAUGAUGAUGAUGGGAGUGCUUUGAUUCAUGAAAGCCACGAUCGCAAGAAAGAUUUAUCUGCUCAAUAUGUUGAGCCUCGCGUUAUUACUCCAGCUCCGAGAGAUCCAACAUCUGUUCCUGAGCCUCCAGUUUUGGUGUCAGAGGUACAAGUUGAUCUUAUGUCCCACGGUAGUACAUCUGUGGCAUCUACUGUAGCUAUUUCCCAUGGACUGGAGGAACUUAACUGGCAACAAGUUGAGAGCAAGGCUGAUGGCCCUGCGUCAACUGGACCCGUUGUUGACAAUCCACCUCCAUCAUCAAGUGCAAUAAAACCCCCAAUUGAAGUAUCAAAACAAAGAAUUGACGUUACUGGAACUUGUGAAAUUGAUCAAACAUCUGUGGUGGAAUCUGGGGAAUUGUACAAGGGAGAAGUCGGGCCACUUACAACAUCUGAAACAGGUGUGGAAACAAACCCCGUUUCAAGCAAUGCUGAUGAGCAAGUAACCAAUGUUCUAGAUCUUGGUGAUGCUUAUAAGCUUGUUGUUGUUAGUAAAGGAAAGCAUUUGUCUGGUGGGGUUGCAGAAAAAUGGAUUGGGAAGGACUCUUCAAAAGUUAGUGAAGAUUUGAAGGUCUUGCUGUCACAAUUAUCUGCUAAUCGAGGGCUUGAGCAAUCAACAAGCACAAUGAGUCCGAGAUUGUCUGCAAAUAGUGGAAGAGUAAUGAGUCCGAGAUUGUCUGCAAAUAGUGGUGAUUUGAAAGCUUCCGAUAUUUCCAAUUCUUUUGGAAUGCAGAUACUUAACAAGAGGAUCUCACUUGAAAGAAAUGAGUCUGGGCUGUCUCUGGACGGGAGCAUUGUCAGUGAAAUUGAGGGUGAGAGUAUGUUUGAUCGAUUAAAGCGGCAGGUUGAGCAUGAUAAGAAAAUUAUGAGCGCUUUGUAUAAGGAGUUGGAGGAAGAAAGAAAUGCUUCUGCAAUUGCUUCAGAUCAAGCAAUGGCCAUGAUUACGAGAUUGCAAGAGGAGAAAGCAGCGCUCCAUAUGGAAGCACUCCAGCAGCUAAGAAUGAUAGAAGAGCAAGCCGAGUAUGAUAACGAAGCGCUGCAAAAGACAGAAGACCUUCUUGUCGAGAAAGAGAAGGAGAUACAAGAUCUAGAAGAGGAGCUGGAAUUGUAUAGGAAUAAGUAUCCCAAUGAAUCGAUGCUCGCUAAUAUAGCAGAGACAACUGGUGAUAUCCAGGCAAGGGAUAUUGGGAUUGAUCAUUCCGAAUCAAGCAACAUGGAACACAGUUCAAGUGUACAUAAACACGUGGAUAAUGGAAAGCCUCGUACACACAGCAAAGUUGAAGGAGCCGCGACUACUUUUGGUGAUGAGGACGGUGGUAGUGUAAAAACUUCACUUUUGGAUUUCGAAGAUGAGAAGAAACAAAUCUUACAAUAUCUAGAGAUUUUAGAGAAGUCACUUUCUUUGUUCUCUACCAAUGGGAUAAACUCGGAUUCGUCCAAAGGUGAUUGUUCUGAAAAUGGAGGCUCCCAAGAAGCUGUUGCAAAACGAGAGAAUGACCUGCCAGUGCAACAUGAAGUGUCUGUAUCAUCGUCGGGACAUACUGAUUCACUUGAAAACCCUCUGUCAAACGGCAAGGGACAGUGUGAAAUUCAUAGCAGCGAGCCAAACUCUGCAGAUCUCUGUCAAGUGAUAGAUUUAGCUUCUCUCCGGGUCCUGAGUUCCAAUGUGCUUAAGAGGUUGAAGACACUCGAGGCAGACCGAGAGUUUCUUGAACACACGAUUAAGUCGCUUAGAUACGGUGAGGAGGGACUGACGUUCAUUCAAGAUAUAGCUUCUUACCUGGGGGAAUUACGAAAAAUCGGGAUAAGAAGUGAUCAAACAUCAGCUUGAGUCUGCAACGCCAUAACAAAAGGUGGCGAGUAGUAGUUUUCACUCUUCUCUGUUUUGUCUAGUCUUUGGAGUGAAUAAAUCAAAGAACAAUCGAGGGACAAAAGAAACGGGAGGAGCACAAAUUGAGAAAACGGGAGUUUGAAAAUCACUACCCUCGAAGAUUUGGCGUAGCAGGUGUACAGUAAUAUAGCUUUUUUUUCCCUCCACAGUCGACAAAAAGAAUAUGAUAGGAGUUGAGUCCCUCCCUUAUACUAUACAGUUGGUCGUUUUUCUCCCUUCCACCACCUUUUGUGGAUAGAUUUUUCUGUGUGCCGGAAAUAAUUUGGUGCACCAAGUAUACUAAUACAAUUAGUUGGAAAUUUAAAAAAAAUAUAUAUAUAUUUUUUCACACUUGGUUUACUAGACAUGUUCCCCGGCACACUAAAACAUUUCUCAUGUUUUGGGUCUGACAUAUUUCACAUUUUACCUUGGAAAUAUGUAGAUUUGGUGAGCUUUUCAUUUUAAAUUUUAUUAUUUUUACUAAUUAGAGUUUGAGCGGGUUUGUUUUAUUUUUCUUUGUUUUGUUUUUUGGUUUUUAAUUUUUUUCACCUUUUUUUUUGGUUUUAUAUGGAGUGGAUGAGUGAUUUAAAUGUAAAACGGGUGAUUCUAGUGUGUAAAACUGUGAAGUAUCAAUAAAAAGAUUGAUGUCAUUUCGUUUUGUGCAA